AUGGCACUGGUCAUGGAGCCUGUGAGCAAGUGGAGCUCCAGUCAAGUGGUUGACUGGAUGAAAGGGUUGGAUGAUUGUCUGCAGCAGUACAUUAAGACCUUCGAGAGGGAAAAGGUUGGGGGCGAUCAGCUGCUUCGCAUCACCCACCAGGAGCUGGAGGAUUUGGGAGUAUCAAGGAUUGGCCACCAGGAGCUCAUACUGGAGGCAGUGGACUUGCUGUGUGCUCUGAACUAUGGGCUCGAGACUGAAAAUCUGAAGACGCUGUCUCACAAGCUCCAGGCAUCUGCAAAGAACCUACAGAACUUUAUCGCGGGGAGGCGGCGCAGUGGACACUACGAUGGUCGUGCCACCCGCAAGUUGCCCAAUGACUUCCUUACCUCAGUUGUGGACCUUAUUGCUGCUGCCAAAAGCCUUUUGGCAUGGCUGGAUAGGUGCUACUUCUUUUUCAGGUCCCCAUUUGCUGCAGUGGCAGACUACUCCAUAACAAGAAAUAAUGUGAUCCAGCUGUGUCUAGAACUCACUACAAUUGUACAACAGGACUGCUCAGUGUACGAAACAGAAAACAAAAUUCUGCAUGUGUGUAAGACCCUGUCUGGAGUGUGUGACCACAUCAUUUCUCUGUCCUCGGACCCCUUGGUGUCCCAAGCUGCGCAUCUGGAAGUUGUGCAGCUAGCCAACAUUAAAUCCACCGAGGGAUUGGGCAUGUAUAUCAAAUCAACAUAUGAUGGUUUGCAUGUGAUCACUGGGACAACAGAAGGCUCCCUGGCUGACCGCUGUAAGAAAAUCCAUGCUGGAGAUGAAGUCAUCCAGGUCAAUCAUCAGACAGUGGUGGGCUGGCAGCUGAAGAACCUGGUGAACUCCUUACGUGGGGACCCCUCAGGUGUAACUCUGACACUGAAGAAGCGCCCACAGAGCACGCUGACCUCCACUCCUGCUCUUCUGAAGAACAUGAGAUGGAAACCCUUAGCUCUGCAACCAAUCUUUCCUCAGAGCCCCAGCAGUAGUGUCGCCACAUCCACCAGCACUCUUAGCACUCCUUCAAGGAGGGACAGCUGCGCUCUUCAGGACCUCUACAUCCCCCCACCACCGACAGAACCCUACACCCCCAGGUGGACACACACAACACAACACCUAUACAGAGAUGACACAGGAAUUCUGGCAGGUGAUGAUCCCCAGUCUGACAACACGGUUGCGAAGGGCUCUGAGUCACCAAACUCCUACCUGGACCAGGAGUGCAGGCGGCGCUUCCCUCUGGUGGAGGAGGAUGCUAUUCUUUACUGUUACGAAUACGACCAGAACCAAAGGCUGUCACCGCUUCACAGAGGAAGCACUCCCACCUAUGGCAGGCUAAGGCCCAUCUCAAUGCCGGUGGAAUAUAACUGGGUGGGAGACAAUGAAGACCCAGCAAAGCUGAAGAGAGAGAGCAGGAGAGAGAACUCCUUGCUGCGGUAUCCCAGUGAGGACAAGGGCCAGGGGGAGGAGUACCUGAUGGGACGAAGUUUGAACCAGAGUAGGAAGAGGAGUGAAAAGGGAGGCAGUCCUACCCACUAUACACUUGUCCCUGCCCUACAGAUGGAAGUAUCCCAAUCUACAUCCAGCUCUGACUCCGCCUCACUGUACCAUGUGUUUGAACGGUCAUCACUGCUCUCACGGUCAAAGAAGAAAAGUAAAGCUGGAAGCCCGCUGUCUUCAAUCAGCAAGCGGCGCAUUUCCUGUAAGGAUUUGGGCCAGGCAGACUGUGAGGGCUGGCUGUGGAAAAAGAAAGACGCUAAAAGCUAUUUCUCACAGAGAUGGAAGAAGUACUGGUUCAUCCUGAAAGACACCUGCCUGUACUGGUACAUGAAUGAGGAGGACGAAAAGGCAGAGGGCUUUGUAAACCUCCCAGAGUUCAAGAUUGAUCGUGCCACAGAAAGCAAAAGGAAGUUUGCAUUCAAGGCUUGUCAUCCAAAAAUAAAGAGCUUCUACUUCGCAGCAGAAAAUGUCGACGACAUGGUUCGGUGGCUGAGCCGUCUCACCAUGGCCGUGGCUGGCUAUUCGGAUCAGGACAGGAUUCAACAGGACCAAGAUUACUGGAGCGAGAGUGAUCAUGAGGACAUGGAUUUGCCUUCAAUGCUGAAACAGGACAGUCCACCACCUCCUUAUGACACCUACCCCAGACCCUCUUCAGUGAGUCCCUACCUGGAGCCCAAACGUGGCCAUCUCUCCUCCUCUGAGACGUUUCAGUCACGCUCCUCUCACGACGAGUACCACCCCGAGCUUCAGGAAGGCAGCAACAAUGAUGGAGUCUCCCCUGGCCCGAAGUCCGGCAGCCAUCGCAACUCGUGGCAGAACCUAGUAGAGACACCCUUGGCCAAUACAAGGUUGCACUACCUGCAGACACUUCCUGUGGAGGGUGCUCUACUCCAUGAUGACAGAGGGCCGCUGCCUGUAGAAUAUCGCAGGCAGUCCACGCUACCUACACAACGCAGCCUGCUGCUGCAAGACCAAUAUGGACCUUUGCCUGUGCCCCUCAACCCCAGUGUCACUGCAGAGACUGGUGGGAAACCCCGCAGCUUCACUCUACCGCGGGACAGCGGGCUUCAUGCCAUCUUGGCAGCUGCUGCUGGUUCAUCGGAGCACAGAGAGCCCCAGCACCAUCGCUUCAACCAGGCCAGAGACAUAGAAUCGGAGCGAGACAGGAGGCUCCAGGCAGACUCAUUAGGUGACCUGUAUCGGGCACUGGAGCAGGCCAGCCUGUCCUCGCUAGCAGACCAGAGGCCAGGCACCCGUCUGGAGUACAAGCGCUCAUUUGUCCGUCGUGUUAAUGACCCACUGCUCAAUGAAAAAUUACACCGCCUUCGAAUCCUACACAACACGCUUCAGAAUGUUCCUCUGCAAGGCACAGACCCUUCGUUAAGUUUCCUGGGCUAG